CAUGAGAUCAACUAAAUGUAGACAUAUACACACCCCCAAGGAGCCCAGUCAUCGUGACGCCUAUAAAAUAAGAGCAUUCAAGAACCAAGAACAAGAACACAAAGCCAAACAAAAUAAAUAAAGAAAAUGGGGAAAGGAGGAAACUCUGUGACGGUGACGGCUUCUGAGGUGGAUGAGCUACGACGGAAGAACGGGGAGAUGGAAAAAGUGAUGGAGGAAAUGAAGAAAGAGAUGCUGCAGCUGUGGCGGCGGACGCAGGUGGCGGAGGAGGCCGAGGAGCGUCUCUGCUCUCAGCUCGCCGAGCUUGAAGCCGAAUCGUUAGACGAGGCACGUGAUUACCAUUCUCGCAUCAUUUUCCUCGUGAACGAACUCUCUCGUGUCUCUUCUUCCUCUUCCUCCUCCUUUUCCUCCGACUUGGCCUCACCGUAGACAUAUAUAUACCUAUAUAAUUGGUUCAUAUCAAUGCCAAUGCCAAUCUGUAUAGUCUUUUUUCUUCUUCCAAACAAAUAU